AUGCCGUAUGAAUACCAACCGCUACCGAUGCUCCGCGACUCAGAAGAUGUGUAUAUACGCUUGCUGGAAGUUCACAACGGUCCACCGAGUGGUCCUAUUACCGGUCGACUAUACUCGACAUUAUUAUCGAAAGCUCCGGCGUUCUGGGCGGUCUCAUACUGCUGGGGACCACCAACACACAAAGGUGCCAUACACAUUACGAACGCGGCCCCUCCUCGAGACCUGGAGAACGACAACACUCUCGAGAUACCUGCCACGUUAAUACCGUUUCUCUAUCAGGUACGUGGGUGGCGUUAUGUAAGACCACGCACUUUGUGGAUCGAUAGCAUUUGCUUGAAUCAGAUGGACAAUGACGAGAAGACUGCAAACGUACCGAAAAUGCGAGAGGUAUAUAUGAAGGCCGCUGUUACUGUGUGCUGGCUGGGAUUAGAAGUCGAGGGAAUAGCAACGGCAUUUGAUUAUGCUUCACGACUGCACGUAACCUACAAAAUUGAGAUGGCGGCACAAAAACAAUACGUUCUCACAGCAGAGGAAGAGAAAGAGGAAGAUCCACGUGUCCAGGUCAAGGUGGGCGAUCCAGCACUUGAAACGUUGCUAAACCUUUUAGACCGGCCUUACUUCGAGCGGGCUUGGAUCAUGCAGGAGGUUAUUGUUUCCAGAAAACCGGCGUUUAUGUGUGGAAGCGCUAUGAUAACCUUCCAAUCGUUGAUAGUUGCAUACCUGUUUCUCAUGACUAAGCCAUGGCUGUGGGAAUUUUAUGCGAGGAACAAGACACAUACCAUCACGUUCAUGAAGUUUAGUGAGAUGGAAUGGGUGGCCGGCACCGACCUCGAUUGGCCUGUCAUCCUGCUGAGACAUCGAUUCUGUUUGUCUAGCGACCCCAGGGAUAAAGUGUAUGCUUUUUACGGGAUGAGAUGUAACAAGUCACUGAAAGAGCUGGAUAUUGAGCCAGACUACAGAGAAGACAUGACUACGGAAGUGGUGUACACUCGUUUGGCUGCGCGCGCGCUUCACAAGUCACAAGUAGCGGUUCUUCACGUGCCUCGUCUUAUCACCACCUCCCAUGAAGAAAGCCAUUCAAAAUUCGAACAGUGUUCACUUCCAUCCUGGGUGCCAGACUGGCGCUGGACGGAAGUAACGCCAUUGUCGCUGCUUUUGUUCGAGCUGCCUGCCAGUGUGACCAGCGGAAUGGUAAACUACCAUGCCUCGAAGGUGUCUAUUUUCGAACCCGGCUUCGAUGUCGAGGCGUACGAUUCGCUGUCAGUUCGGAUAAAAGAUUUGGAGCAGUCGUUGCUGCCCAAGAUGCUCAGACUGUAUGGUGUCACAGUUGCGAAAGUUACACAGCUUACACCACGCCCUUGGGUAAUUGGGGAAGUUUCACGUCGCCAAACUCUGCUUGACCAAGCAAAAGACCUGCAAUUCACCAUGGACCAGAUUCACGAAUGGGAGGCUCUGCUCCGUCCAAAAAGCGCCACAAAAACAUACUCUGCAACGGGCGAGAGUGCAACCCAGGCCAUGUACGAGACGUUUAUGGCUGGCACAACGGUAUAUACUCCAGAAAGCAAACUCAGCGCUUGGAGAGCAUUCGAAAAACGCGAGAGAAUCCUGCGUCUCUUUCGUACGUGUCGUGUUCACGGCUUUUUGGUCUGCUAUAUUAUGGUAGUCUUAGUUGAGCGUAUACUUCGUCGCUUUGGCUGGGUAAAUCCUGAAAUGGAAUUCAGGAUGAUGGUAGGACAUAUGAUGAAUCGGAAGGGUGCCUUGAUGGUUAACGUUGAAGAAUCCGAGACGAGAUAUAAUGCGCUGGUGCCGAGUAUAUGUCGGCUUGACGAUCAUGUGGUGCUGGUUGGGGGUGUUACGACACCACUGAUACUGCGUAAGAAGGGUGAAGGUGCGGAUAUUACCUGGGAAUUCAUUGGCGACGCUUAUGUCCAUGGCAUUAUGAAGGGGGAACUUUGGGACAAGAGGAAGGGAGAUCGCAAGGACAUGGGCGAUAUAACACAUCUGCUACCCCCGAACUUGCGGGAAUUGGAGAUGUGGUUCAAAUACCCCUCGGGUAUAUUUGCAACGGGUCAGAUAUAUCUCUCCUGGGUCCCAGAAUUGCCUGAGCACGAGAUGAUGCGGAGAUCAGCCUGGAUACUCGCCCUGCUUCAGAUGCAAAGCUUACGGAAGGUUCGACUGAGCGAGAUUCUUUGCGCUCAUAUUGCAGCUUGCGAAUCCGUAGUGAAGGCUGGUGGCUGGCCGAUGCAGAAGUAUGCGCUGCCGAAUGUGGUGGAACGAGCUUUCCUUGGGGCAGAGACGGUCCUGGAGAUUGAAGUAUUGGAGGUAGAACGGGGGUUUAAUUGCGAGUUCGAAAGUGGCUAG